GAAGGAAAACUGCAACCCACGCAAACAACAAACAACCAACAAAAACAACAACAACAAAAACCACCGAAGCCGAACCACAAACUCCAAACAGAAGCAGCUACAACUACAACUACAGCUCAGCUCUCUCUCGCUCUCUUUGAACAACAUACAACUGUAAACGUGUCGUUAUCGCGGACUUUAAGCUGUGCCUGCCUGUGCCUGUGCCUGUGCCUCUCCCUCUCUCACGCUCAACAAACUAAAUUGCUCUGUGUGUGUGUCAUCGUCAUCGCGUUGUGUUGCGUGUGUGUCUGUGUGUGUGUGCGUGUUCGUGUGAGUGUGUGUGUCACCAAAGUGAAGGUGUGUGUGGCGCGUGGGUGUGUGAUAGUACAAGUAAGAGUACGAGAGUACGCAUUGAGACGCGUCGUCGGCUAUGGUAAAGGGCAUAGAUGCGCUAAUACAAGCGGUGCGCUUCAUUGAGCAGAAUGAGAAGCUUUCGCAGGCGGCAGGUGGAGGAGGAGGAGGAGGAGGUGGUGGUGGUGCGGCUGGCAUCGGCCUGGUGCCACAGCCGAUACCGCUGCACAGCAUCAAUGGGAAUGUCGGUUAUCGGAGCAGCAAGAGCAUCGGUAUUCCCACUAACAACAACAGCGCGAGUCAGCACAAUAGAAAUACUACGGGGAGUAACGGCAUCAUUGGCAGCAUUGUAACAGCAGCAGCAGCCGCAGCAGCAUCGUCAUCAUCAUCAUCGUCGUUGUCGGGUUGCUCCGUGUAUGCAAACGGAAAUGGUAACGGUAACGGCCACGCCAGCAACAGCAACAGCAGCAGCUGCGGCAGCAACAGCAACAGUCCACGCAGUCAAUUGGUGGCAACCUCCGGAUCUGGCCAUGAUUACGAGUACGUUGGCAGCGUCGUUGCACCCCCCGCCACUGUCGCACAUGGACAAUUGGAGGCGUCAUCGCUGCGCCAUAGCGAAGGUCGCAGCAUUAUCUCGGAGGAUGAAAAUUCCUCGUCCAACUCCAACAACUCCUACUCCCAACAACAACAACAGCAGCAGCAGCAGCAGCAACAACUAAUUGCAACAUCAGCGGGCAGAGCAGUGGCUGUGGCAGUGGCGGCAGCAAGAGGCGGCAGCCCCGCCUCCAACUCUGCAACGUCUCCCCUGAAAUCUCCCACCACCUCCAACGCCGCUUCAGCUGCAGCCGCGGACACCUCCGUUGCUUUCAUUCUGCGGGCGAAUGCCAAUGGUGGUGCCCCAACCUUCAUCCAUCAGGCUGCAAAGCACAAGCUGAGCAACGGGAACGGCAACGGCAACGGCAAUGCCAGUGGCACCAGUGGCAGUGGCACAGCCAGCGCCAGUGGUGGUGGCUCAGAGAUUCCGCGCAAAUAUAUGCUGGUGUCGGAUGGCAAGGGCACCGUCUACCCGGCGCCAGACAGCGGCUCCAACUCCGCCUCCAAUCCGACAGGGGCAGGAGCCUCUUCCGCUCCUGCCGUCUCCGCCUUUCUGCUGGGUGGCAGCCAUGGGGUAGCCAGUGCCAGUCGCUUUGCUGAUUUGCAAAAUGCCAUUUGGCAGGAGAGUCAGCGACACCAUCCGCACCACCAUCACCAGCAGCAGCAGCAGCAAAAGCAGGUCCUGGGGAAGUCAGGGAUACCACUCACCCCGCCACCGAUGUCCACACGCAAAGUGGCCGACACGAAUGCCCGUAUACGUUCGUACUCACUCUCCUCCCAUAAAUUUUCAGCGCCCGUCCAGGGCGACAGCCACCAGCAGCAACACCACCACCCAUUGGGCUAUAUGAACAGCGGGCGGGUGGUGGGUGGAGCGGCGGGCGCAAGCAGCUCCUAUCGCCAGCUAAUCAAUGUUCAGUCGGCAGCGAGUGCGGCAGCAGCAGCCGCUGCAGCAGCGUCGAUGGCCAGCAGCUCCUCCGUUUCGACAUCGGCGCCAGCGGUGGGAUCUCAACUAAGCCACGGCGGACGGAGGCGCACGACCAGCUCCAACAGCAACGGAGCUGGCACUCGGGAGGUGCACAACAAGCUGGAAAAGAAUCGUCGGGCCCAGCUGAAGGAGUGCUACGAUCAGCUGAAGCGGGAGCUACCCAUGGGGGACGAGGAUCGCAAGAAGACCUCUAAUUUGAUAAUACUCGAUACGGCCCAUAAAUAUGUCAAGGAAUUGACGCAGCGGGAUCGCGAACAGGAGGCGGAGGUGGAGCGUCUGGCCAAGCAGAAGAUUGAGCUGCAGAAGCGAUUGAAUAGUUUGCGAAGAGACACAGACCAGCAGAGCAUUCCACUGAAUGAAAAAGCCGUUUGCCUGGCGGCCGGCUCAUCAGCAUCCGCUACAUCCAGUGGACGCAGCGGAACAACCAUACUGUUUGAUGCCACAACAGCCUCUGUCUGUGCAACUGGGCUAACAACUGUGAUAAGCAAAACGAAUGCAACAAAAACAGCAGCAACCGCCGCAGCAGCAGCAGGAGCUGGAGUAGGAGUAGGACCAGCAGCAGCAGCAGCAGGAACAGUAACCAACUCCAAGCACAUCUCCAAUUCCAGCGGGAAAGCUGUGGCUGUGGCUGGAACUGGGGCUGUCGCUGCUGCUGGAACCCACUUGAUCUCCGGUAAUGGAAAUGGGAAUGGAACCGGAACCGGAACAGCCAUCAUGACAAUUAAGAAUGGCAGCAUUCUGGCCAUCUCACCUGCGGCCAUCGUGCAGCAGCAUCAUCACUCCCAGCACAGCAGUCCGGCGGGCAGUCCAACGAGUGUGACAAUGGGUGCAACCACAACACGUGGCUCGCCGACACCAUCGACGCCGUCGCCAUCUCCCAGCUCCUCUUCGAGCGGUGUCUCGUCGUCGGCCUCGUUCAUGAGCUCCUCUUCAUCAUCGUCCUCCUCCUCCUCAUCCUCGUCGUCGUCGUCCAGCUCAUCGUCAAGCUCCUCAUCGUCGCCCACACAGACGACGACCGCGCAUCUAUUGGGAUCGCGCAGCGUUGGCCUCAAGUACCAUGGGGCUGCAGGCGGCCCUGGCACCGCACUGAAUGGUGGAGCCACCAUAGUGGCAACCGCAGUGCCAUCAGCUGUGGGAUCAGCGAAUGGUUUCCAUCAGGCGGAAAAGGAUCGUAAUUAUAAUUACUUGAUGCUCAGUGCUGGCACAACGGCGCAGUAAUUUUUGUAGGAAGAAGCAACAGCCAACAAACUAACAAACCAACAAUUACAAAAACAAUAACAAUAAAAAAACAACAACAGCAACAACAACUGAAUUGUGUGCAACAGCUCCCACCUUAUAAAAAGUAACAACAACAACAACAAAAACUAUUAGAAGAUGAACUGGAAAACCAAUGAAAGAACAAAUGAUGAAUUGUUCUUCAAGAAUCUUCUACAUUUCUUUCUAAACUACAACAAAAGCAACACCACUUGGCACACACAAUCAUACACACACACACACAAACACACAAACGCAUAAAUUUCAACAACAGCAAACGAUUAUAUUUGUUGCAACAACAACAAGAACAAACAGUUCCGCCCAACAUAUAGCAUCGAUUUUGAAAAUCAUUGAGUAAAAGAGAGCAAAGAAAGAUAGACGGAGAUGGAGCGAAAGGUAUUUUUAAAUAAAUGAUUUUACACCAAAACAAGCGACAACAGCAAACAGUGGGGAAAAAGACACAUACUCAAACAAACAUUUUCAACAACACCUCAACAGGAAAAUGAGAAAAUACAAGAAAGGUACACCAACAAUAAGCAACAACAUGUGCAACAAUAAUCAAAUCAACAACGCGCCACAACAUGUGAAACAAUAAUAAA